CGGCCCGGCCCGGCCCGGCCCGGGGGCGACCCGCCGGCCCCCUCCUGUGUGUCUCCCUGGCCGGCUCCCGCCUCGUCGCCUCGGCUCCUCUGGCUCAUCGGACGCCCCGGCCCGGCUAUGGCGGACUUCGAUGAGAUCUACGAAGAAGAGGAGGACGAGGAACGGGCGCUAGAGGAGCAGCUCCUGAAGUACUCCCCCGACCCGGUGGUGGUGCGCGGCUCUGGCCAUGUCACCGUGUUUGGACUAAGCAACAAAUUUGAAGCAGAGUUUCCUUCAUCUUUAACUGGAAAGGUUGCACCUGAAGAAUUCAAGGCCAGCAUCAGUAGAGUCAACAGUUGUCUUAAGAAGAAUCUUCCAGUUAAUGUGCGAUGGCUACUAUGUGGAUGCCUUUGCUGCUGCUGCACUUUAGGUUGUAGUAUGUGGCCAGUUAUCUGCCUCAGUAAAAGAACACGAAGAUCGAUUGAGAAGUUAUUAGAAUGGGAAAACAAUAGGUUAUACCACAAGCUGUGCUUGCAUUGGAGACUAAGCAAAAGGAAAUGUGAAACGAAUAACAUGAUGGAAUAUGUAUUGAACUAUAGUCAUGAUUUAGAAUCCUGUAUUAAGUGACAACAAUUCUGAAGUCAUCCUUAUAGAAUUUUUACCAAAGACACCGAUUUUUCGACCAGAUUAGCAUUCGAUUUAUUUAUAGAGACUUAUUCAAGUAUGUUGUCUUUCCAAUGGUGCCUUGCUUGGUGCUCUCCUGGUAGUGACAUAACUUUGGUUCUACAGAAUCUUGUGGUGGUUUCAUUUGGUUUUUGUUUGUUUGUUUUGGGUUUUCAUGUUUGUUUGUUUUUUUCGGUUUAUUUUUGGUUGGUUAGUUGGUUUUUUUGUGUUUUUUUUAAAUAAGAGUAUGUUCUAAUUGUAUUUGGUCAGACUCUGCAAAGUAAUUUCAUACAACUGUUAAUUACACUUAAGUUAUUUUUACUUUUGCUACUUCUGUUUAUUAAUGUAUCUUGAUUUUCAAAGGAGUCUUUUAUAUGUGUGCGCGCGUGUGUGUACAUAUAUAUAUUACUAUAAAUACACAGCUGAAAAUGAUAUACAAGUGAACAGGUAUUUUUUUAUCCCUAUAUGAUACAACUGGUUGACUGUACAUUGUGUAAAUUCCUUUAGUCAUUCUGAAGUUGCUGAAGUUCCUUCUAAGAUAUUUGGGCGCUUCUGUCAGUGACUAGUCAAUUGUAAAUACUUCUAUUUCUUUUUGGGAUACUGACUAGUCUCUUCCAGCAAAGAAGGAGACAAAGUUCUUUUUGAAACCCAGAUAUUGUUAGUAGAAAUCGCUAUGCUUUUCAUGAAGAAGUCCUGUCAACUGGUUCUGAAAAAGUUUGACUUUAAAAAAUUAAAAAAAUAAGGCAGCCAAGUGGAAUUAUUUAACUCAGACUAGAAGAAUCACUGAGAGCAUUGCAUGCAUCUGGUUAAUGGAACUCAAGAUCACAAAAGUGUAUUAUUAUUUCAUUUUAUAAUGUAGCUGUUUUAAUUUAGUCAGUUGUCAUGUGCCAGCUUUAUUCAUAGUGUUUACCAGAUCUUGUACGCAGGGGUGCAGAAGGACUUGUUUUAGUAAAAUUUAGUUGCUCAAGGAAACCUUUCAUGGUUGUUUUUGUUUAUUUUAAAGCCACAUACACAGGAAAAAAGUUAUUGAAUUCUUGAACAGUGCAGUUCCAGUUGCAAAUCCAUGAAUUAAAGCAAUCAAAGCAGGGUGCACUAGGUAACAGUGUAUGCUUAAAUGUGUUAGGCAGUUAUUUAUUGUACCCUUUCUUCUGCUCAUUUUGGUUUACAAAGCUUAUUUUCUGCACAAGUAUAAGAAUUUUUUUACUGGAUAUAUGAUGUAUGCUUGGGUCAGGGCAGUUGUACUUCAUUUCUUCUGAUUAUACUUUAGUUUUACUUAUCUUCACGCGUAGCUUUUGGGGUUUUUUACUUGCAACUCUCAUACUGCAGAAUUAUGUAUCUAAAAUUACUGUACACAAAAUUGAUGUAAGUUAAGAACAUGUUCCUUGUACAGUUGUGUUAGCAAGCAAUAAUGUGAAUAUAUUAAAAAAAAACCAGAUAUACUCUGCUUAAUAUUUGUAUGAAUGAAGAGUUGAUACCACUACAAGAAUAGUCUUCUCUUUUUAAUCUUUUAAAUACAACUUUUAUUUCAAGGUAACAUAUUACAGAUACCUUGAUGCUGUGAACUAUUUUUCUAUGUCUUCAAAAUAUUUAUUCUCUGUAAAAUAUUCCCUAGUGAGUAUUAUAUUCCUAAAUUGUUCAUAGUGGGAGUGUUCUAGAAAAUUUUAAGUUUUCUUAAAUUUAAGCCUUCUGUAUCUGUUCCCAAAAUUCAUCCUUUGCACAGCUUUCAUCUGUGGAUUCCUACGGUUCACUUUGAGAAUGGCUCAGCUAUGCUUUUCAUACGAACCUACAAGGGUGUUCCUUUGACUUGAUAUAAUAUGAUUUUUAAUUAACAAAUCCCGGUUCUGUGCUGGCCUCAGUCUUCUGAGUGCCACCCAUGGUUUCUCUACAAAGUAGCUGCUUAUCAUUUUCUAAAAAUCAAUUCCAACCUGUUCUUCAGUAUAAAUCUGGGUCUGCUGCACUCCUCUCACCCAAAAGUAUUAAUCAUACCCUCGGUCUAGUUUCAGCCUGCAGGAGGACAGAAAGCUAACGUUGAUGGCAGCAGAGAUGGGGGAGGUUGGAGGUGCAGAGGAGAGGUUGGAAUUGAACAGAAGUGAUAACUGGUGAUAAAUACCAGAAAUAUAAUUUAUUUCUUUUGUGUCAGUUUUCAAUAAAAUGAAUAUUGGAUCAUAUAAGGCCUAGAUUUUAUAAAAAAAUUCAUUUGACAAUAGAGAUAAUUUGUGUCAUGGAUGCAGUUUUCCACUGAUGUGGAAAUCUAUCCCUCCACUCUAGUGAAGGAUAUGGCUUGUGAUAUGUAGCAGCUAUUUGUCUUAGUUUACUACUCAGACUUCCCAUAGCGUGUUUUGUCCACUUCCACAGCUACCUUGCCAGCAGCACCCAAACCCAGUGACAGUAAAGCUGUUUCAGGUGUGAUUUGUGCUGAGACCAGAGCAGUGAACAGAGUGUGGCUUACAGGUUUACAGCGUAUCUCAUUAGUAAAGCUUCCACAUCAACAGUAGAGAUGCUUAAGAUCCUUUCUACUUCUGAGUGCAUCAGCAGUCAUAGGCUUGGUUAGCAGGCAUUUCUAUAUUAUAGCUGUGACUUUCUCUUUAAGAAAUAAUAUAGAGAUCCAAAGUAGAGCUCUGAGCAACUAAAAAGUUAAAUCCCUUUGUAAGGAGGCCAGACUUACGCCCUCAAAAAGUAUUUUGGGUAUUUUAUUAAUACAAUGUCUCUGACUUAAAAUAUAAUCAGGAAAUUUGAGAAAAUGCCUGUAUUGAAAAAUGAGUAUUAUCUCAGAAGUGGUACUCUCCUGAAGAAGUAGUACACUCACCUAGUAAGAAUGUUAUAAAAUAUUUUCAUACAAUCCCUUUCAAUUCAUUAAUUACAGUGAUGGAAAUUGAAGAUGGCAGGAGCUUUAAUCAACUGUUUAAUGCCUGCGGCAGUUGUCAGGAUUUUCUUUUGAUGUUGCUUCUGAAAUACCAAAUCUAUUUAUUUUGAUUGCUAGUGAGAAGACAUAUAUUACCUUUUUGUCACUUGGCAAAGAACAAAAUUGCACAGUUUGAGCAGACCAGAAGCUAUAGUAGGACUUCCAGGACACAGCCUACUCUUUGCUAAAAUAACUAUUACAUUAUACUAACUUGUUUAGCUUCUUGCAACUCAGCAGUUCCUACAAAUAAUCUUACCUAUUUAAAAUUUCCUUGAACAGUUAAGUUAGGUAUCAAGUUGAUAAUAAUCAAAUUGUGCCUGUUUCAUCCUUAGACUGCUGAACUAAUGGUGAAGGCAUCAGUGAAUCCCUGUGAGAGCUAAUUAUUACUUUUAGAUAUAGUUGCCUUUAGCUGGUGAAUAAAGAUUUCUUACUUACUGUAAUAUAAUAGAAACAAAUUCUUUUGGUGGAAAUAAGUUCUGAGGGAGAAGGGCUUUCUCUCUGACCCUAUGUGAAGAGCUCAUCUGUUGUUAAAUAGUUGUGACUUGAAGUUUAUAUUGGGAUUGACAAACUUCACCAGAAAUGAAAAUGUUUAUGUUGAUACAGGAAGUCAGUAAAUUUUUUGUAAUAGGUCAGUAAGAGUAAUUUUAAUAAACUAUUUAUGCAGAUCCAAAAUUUCCCAUGAUACGUAAACCCAAGAAAAAUAGUUUGUAAAAACUUUUUACAGUACUUAGGUGUAAAUUAUAAUCUCUAAAUCAAUUUGUUAAAUGAUACGUUUUUGUAAUUCUCAAGACCAUGAUAUUUAAAUGUAAUACACUGUCUCUCCAACACAGGCUUACUUAAAAGUCAGUUUUAAUUUAUUUUUUUUUCUGAAAAUCAUUAUUUAGCCCCAAAGAUUGUGGGAAGAGCUUUAAAAUAUAAUCUAUAACUGCUUAGAAGCCAGGAGCCAAGGAAAAAGAACUUUCCCUUCCCUCCACCCCCCCCACCCCAAAGUCUUAAUUUUAAAUUGGUACCCUUGUUUUGGAGCCCUAGUUUAUGGGUUUUGAGCAGCUGGCAAUAAUGCAAAUUGUCCACCAAAAACCCCAUUUGAAUUCUGAACAGUUUAAAAAGAUCACUUUAAUUGAAGAGGUGAAAGACGUGUUAAGCAAAGAAAAUCCGUGGUUCUUUUAAGUUCUCCCAGCACUGCUGUUGAAUAAUUAAAAUAAGGAUCAUGAUGACCCUACAUUAGGUCAAAAUCCAGAUGAUUUUGUGUAAAGGAAACACUCAAUUAGAGAGGUCUUAGAGCCUCAAAUGUCUUGGAUUCAUAAGUAGUGACUUAUUAAAGAUAAGUGGUGCUGGCUAGUUUUGUACCUGUGACUAAAAUCAUUUGUGUUGCUCUUCAGCAACCUUGCUUAUGAAAAGAAAGCAUUUCAGAAAUCCGUAUUCAUCACUGCUAAUUUGCUGUAAUUUCUCUGCUUCUCCCGAUAGCCACGUUGCAUUUCCAUGACAAACAGCUAAGUGUAUGAUCAUUAUAAUGCCUUUAAUAGCCAUAUUGUAGGUGGAAAUAUUAACUUCUCAGGGACUAAUAGGAAAUACGAACUUGGAAUUAAUGAGCUGAAUGCCUGUCUGCAUGAAGGCUUACUUUGCAAAUGUCACCCUAGAAACUUGAUUGUAAUAUGCAUGACCAUUAUGAAUGUUAUCAAUAUAAAGUUAUGAGAACUUCUUUUACCCUGUAUUACUAGGCUGCUGAAUGUCAAUGUUGGAUAAGGAUAAAUGAAGGGGUUUUUUUCUGAUUUGGAUGGAGUGAUUAUUUCUAAUGGUGCUACCUUCUUAAUUCCUGUGUUUAUUCUUUGCAAAGUUUUCUCUGUAGGCUGGGUGAAUCAGGGGAUACUGGUGUACUAAGAAAACAGUAUCAUUCUUCUUAAAAAGUAGAAUAAUUUCAAGGGGCGAAGUACUCUAGAAGUGAAAAAAGUCGCUGCUUAAACCAUGCAUUUAUUCUUCAUUAGGUAUCCAUUUGGACUGUUUGUUGGUAACAGUACUUUGCAGUUCAUUACUUUUCGAAUUUUCAUCUUUCUGAUGUAUCAGUCAGUGUAGGCUGAAUUAAAAAACAUAUUUGAAAAAUAAAACUCCCUGAUUCCUUGCAUGAAAGGUCAUAUGUUGACACUUGUGCUGAUGUAUAUAUGUAUCCCUACCAUAUAACACCUGGGUAAUAUACACAUUUCAUAAAACUGUAUUUUACUGGUUUCAUGGAAGUUGUCCUUUAAAAAAAGUCUUCUGGUUUGUCUAGCUCAUUAAUAUUUCAUUAAUAUUUAUUUUCUUGAAAAAGGUUUCAUAAAUGCUUGGCUCUUCAAAAUACAACAGACCAUUAGGAACAAUUUAGUAAGGCAAAAGGUGAAACAUAGGAAUUAGGAGAAGCAGCACUCAAAAGAUUGGAUUUGGGGAUUAGGUUUAGAGUUCUGUGAGUAUGGCAGAAAAUAGUUUUGAACUGAAUGAAAUGGUAUUGAAUGAUGCAAGUUAAGCAAAAGCUAGCAGUCCAUUUUAGUAAUUAUGUAGACUGUGUAUUAACUUCUGUUCACUUUUUUAUUUUGGUGUGUGAUUGAUUUAUUUUGGUUAUGCUCUAGUUGAUAGACUAUUCUGCUAUCAUAUAGAAUAAUAAUACAGAAGGUAAGCUUCCUUCUAAACUCAGCAUCUCUUCAUUUAAAAUAGCCAGACCCAAGUGGAAUUGCUGAUGAGAGCUGCGCUAAGUGCAGAACAGUCUUUUCCUAAACUGGAGCCUGUAAUGCAUGACUAAUUGUUUCCAAAGAAAAUUCUUGACCUGUCCAGACAGCUCCUGUCAUGUGACAGUAUAUCUAAGGCUCACAAGUAGGAUCCAGUUAGUAAAAUUUAUGUUCAGGUAAGUAAGACUUUUGUAGUUAAUUUUAGUUUUUAUUUAGAAGGGAGCCAUUGACAAAUGCUCACUUUGUGAGAACAAAUACAUUUUUAUAAUGUUUAUUGAAACAUGCUUUUUUCUUGUUUGCUCCUCAUUUAUAGCUUAAUAAAUGAAAUUUACUUUGCCUCAUGUUGAAAACUGGACUUAGUAGUCAGCUGAAGACUUUUUUUUGUUACAGCAUUUUAGGUUUAUGAAUACAUUUUUAAGUCAUGCAUAGAAAUGUUUCAAAAAGUCAUAUCCUGAUGCAAUGUAACUGAUAUUUUUAGUGGCUGUAUGUUUAAACUGGUUUCAUUGUGCUGAUAUAAAUAUCUAACUCAUCCACUCCAAGUGUGUAUCUCUGAUCCUUUUAUGCUAGCAAUAGGCUUUCUGACUUGUUAGGAUAUGCAGUGUACCUACUGGUUAAUGUUGUCAAUUAACAGUUUGGUUCAGUGAGAUAACAGGGAAUAUGAAGUAGUUCCUGAUUUGAAAAGUGUGACCCAGAUCCUUGUUUUCAUAAAGGAUGGAGUCUGGCAAUCAGAAUAUGAACUCAUUCCAAACAUAAAUUUGAAAGAGAGUAGUAAACUACAAAAUAGUGCCUAAAUGUUGUGUGCUAAAUUAGACCUGUGUAACUCAUGUUGCAUUAAAAAAAUUUGCAGAGAAUUGCACUGGACUGCUUGUGCUUAGGAAAGACCUGUUAAAUGUAUGAAGCAGUAAUUGUCAAUAAGUCACUGAAAAGAUGUUGCCAUCAAGAGGGAAAACUUAAAACCCAAUAUUUUGGAGUAUGUUAAAAAUCCAUUUCAAGCAGAAAACGUGUAAGCAAUAAUUUAACCUAAAACUGGAGAUUAAAGAAGCUGCUACUUACAGAGAGACUUGAUGUUAAUUUUGCCUGUUGGCCAUCUCUCCUCUCACAAAGAGUUUAGAAAGAUAGGUUUGCUGUGAUUUCCACUAUUGUAACAUUCCUCUUCAAGUAUCCUAAAUCCAGGUGAGAGACUCAAAGCUUAGAAGCCAGCACUGUGUGCAGUGCACAGGGUGCACAGCUUUGGGAGGAGAAGAUAGGAAUAAAAGGACUUUUUUAAGACUGCACAAUUGUAUAUAUACAUAUUUAAGAAUAUUUAACCGUGUCUGCUAAAUUACCGAGGUUAAUCUGUUAUUGAAUUGUAGAAUAUUAUUUAAUACAUCGACAUUGAUUUUUCCUGACCUGACCCAGUAUUGGAAAGGACUCCAAUAUAACUUUUUUUAAAGCAUUUCUUAAGUUGUAUGUAUUAUACACUAAUAAAAUAAUUGUUUAACCUA